AUGAGACAAGAACGCUUCAUUGUAAUUCAUUAUCUUUAUGAUAUAAGGAAUAAAUUUAAAUAUUAUUUAAAACGUCCAGACCAUAAACAGGAGUUUGUCUCCCAGUGGCAAUCUGACUUUAAUUCUAUACCAGAAGAUCUGUGGGAAGACGAGGAGACAAAAGCAGAACUGCAUCAAAGGCUGGAUGAUCUAAGAGAUUGCCUGUGGGACAUAUGUGACAAUAGAAAAGAGGAAGCUGAGCAGGAGCAAGCGGACAUCAUGAAUGAAGGCUGGCUGCAGGAUCACCUAGGAAUCCUCAUGAACCACUUCUUUUCUUUGAUGCAGGCAGAAGUUGACCGAUUUCAAGAUACAAUGAGAUUUCUUCAUGAUUAUUAUCAAGGAAUGGAGAACAAAAUUCCAUCUGAAAACAUCCAGGAAUUCUCCCGUAUUCCUUUGCUUGAUAUCAUUAAAUCCACUGUACAGGAGGAACCUGAACAGCCCAAAAGGAUUCCACUUGUUCAUCGAAGAACUCAGUCCCCGGAGCAGAGUUCUGCCAAACAGAGAAAUAAGCAUGCUGCAACAAAAGGAAAAUAUGAUCCCUCCAUGGAGAGCAGUGGGCACAUCUCUGAAACUGAUCAGAAAAUUAUUUUUACGACACAUUGCAAACAGCAUUAUCUGCUAUCACAAAUAUGAUGACUCUUGAAAAAGAAUCAAUAGAAGCAGAAGAGGAGAAGGAACAACAAAUGAUGGAAGCUAGGGAAAGGGAACGUGCUAAAGCCUCCCAGGCAGCUUCCAGAGAAAGCGUGAAAGGGGCAAAAAAGAAGCCUCCAAAAUCACCUAACAGAAAAAAAGGAGGAAAAUCUCCUGGACCUUCAGCCCCUUCACCUCCCCCUUCAGCUCCUGAGGACAACACAGAGCUGCAACGACAACAGGAAAUGCAAAUGAAAAUGAAGCAAGAAUAUUUCACUGCACUGGAAUGUGAAGAGGCAGCUGUGAAUGCUCGGCUUGAACUGAUAAAAACAAAAGCCUUGGCAGUGUACCAGGACGUGUUAUCAAAAGCACAGCAGACUUAUAAAGACAUGAACAUGUGGCUGGGGGCUCGCUUCCUUGCUGAGAUGUCAAGUAUUGACAAGUUGAUUCAGACUGCUCGUCACCACAUUGAAACAAGCACCAAGAUACAGUAUGAACUAGUCCUGGAGCAAACUGAUUUCUAUAUCAGCUCUGAUGUCAAAGUCUUCCCAGAUCCUAUCCCACCUCCCAGACCUCCUCCAGUGGAAGCGUCCAGCAACAGCACACUGACCAUAUCCCAGCUUCACAGAUUACAUCGUCAGUUUCUGCAGAUGGCUCCUGAAGGUAUAAUAUCAAGUAAGAAAUUUACAGAAAUCCUCAUGGAUCUCACUACAAUGAAUCUUGGAGAUGAUACUCUUCCAGAUGUAUGGAUGCAUCUUACUCUGCCUGAGAUACAAGAAAUAACCUCAUCCUUGUCCCUGGGCUCGGACAUGAUGAACUGGCGUAGGUUCCUGUUAUCUGCAUCCUUGCCUUGGCCGUACCCCUCAUUGCUCCAACUUCUGGAGACACUGCAGAGAUUUCAGGCUACAGAUCCUGAUAUGUGUGGCAUAGUUGAUGAAAAAGAAGAAACUUACAGUCAGGUAGAACUGUGGUUUACAGGCAAAGCUGAAGAAAUGGUUCCUGAAGACCCAACAGAACCUCUGCCUUUUAAUAGGCUGGAACAUCUUAUAAAAAGUUUUUCUUUGACUUGUUCGCCAACCAGGAAACACAACCUGCUCAGCUUCGCUAUGUGGAUAUGUUGUUAUACUUCGCUUCCCAUCCAGAUCCCACAGAGGGAUUCUAUAGAGCGCUCAGUGUAGUCGCAGGAAAACCAAUAGUGGUUAAAACAGAAGACCCCUCGCUUGUGAAGUCUGUUCCAAAUAUGGGUAUUUUUGAAGAUGGUAAAGAUGGGAUUAUGGGUAACGAGGACGACAUGCUGCAGAACACGGAAGAGGUCAUUGUUACACUGCAGGAAAUCCUGCAGGUGUUUGAGCAUGGAUCUGGAGAUGAUGGGGAAAGCCAUAGAUUUUACUCACGUGAAAAAGAAGCAAGCAGUAAUUACCUGAGUAUCCAUCGCAUUUUCAGUGAAAUAAACCCAGAUGGAGGCACAGUGUCUGUCACGUCUCUCCUGAAACACCCUGCUUUUUGUGAUCUUGUUGAAAGCUGUCAACACUAUAAACUUUCUGACAUCCAGACCAUACUACAGAAAUCCAAAGUGACACACUCAAGUGAAGGAGACAACUUAACAUCCAGCUUCACUGGAGUAUAA